AGUGCAAAACGAGAUCAGUGGAGGUGACUUUGAUGAGAGCUGGAGACCCAAAGAAGAGUCAAAAGAGGAGAUUCAGAACCAUAGAACCCAUCUAUAAAUUCAGAAAGAUGCUCUGUCCUUUCUGGCUUAUGGUUGCAGCAGUCUUGUGUGUUCACAGUCCGUGUGUAGACGGCCGCUGCUUGGAUCUGAUAGACUGCAUGGGCCUAAAAACUAAUGAACAAAAAUCGCAGUGUAUCACGCAGUGCAGAUCUGCACAAGAAUCCUCCAAUCAUGGAGAAGUGUCUUCAUCUGAACAGCAGAACAGUGAGGAAGAGAGCCUCAGUUUGGGCCUGCUCUUAUCGGCUCUGUCCCCUGAUUCGAUCGAGCUCCAAGACCCCAUUGGAGAAGCCCCUCACAAUGACGACAGGAGGUCUUACUCCAUGGAGCACUUCCGCUGGGGCAAACCCAUGGGCCGCAAACGCCGACCCGUCAAAGUCUUCACCAACAGCGCUCUGGAGGAGGAUUCGGUGGAAAGCGAGCGCAUGGAGCUAGGGCAGAGCGGCACGCUGGACAUUCAGCCGAGGAACGAUGCUAAGAGCAACGGGAAGUAUCGCAUGACCCAUUUCCGCUGGAACGGUCCACUUAACAAGCGAUAUGGAGGCUUCAUGAGGCUGGAUUCAGAUCAAUCCCACAAGCCCCUGCUCACACUCAUACGAAACGUCAUUGUUAAAGACGGACAGCAGUUCAGAGACAAAGAGAGGAAAGAAUAGACAAUAUUUGGUGUUGAAACAUUUAAAUGUGUGACAUUCAACCUUAAUAAAAAGAAAGCUUCCUCUGAACAUUUAAAUUCUUGACAGGGCAUGAAACAUUGUCCUAUGAAAGAAAGAAACAAACUCGCCAAAUCACUUAUAUAUUAAAGUCAAGGUAUCUCACAUGACAUUUACAAUUCAUUUAGACACCCGACCACAUAACAAUCACCUCUGGGAUUUAAA